CCCGCCCCUCGGUCCCUACCCUUCGGAGGCCGGCGUUUCCCGCUCUGAGGGAUCUUGUGCGGCCGCCGCGGCCGCCACCUGGGGUUUUUUCAGGCGCGGGGUUUCCCUGCCAGCCACAAGGAGUCCAGGGAGGAAAAACGGAGCCUAGGUGCCAAUAACCCAUACCUCCCGCGUCUCUUCAGCCCGAGAUCGCCCCGGCAGGGAUGGGCGACAAGAUCUGGCUACCCUGCCCGGUGCUCCUCCUGGCCACUGUCUUCUCAGUGCUGCUGCCGGGGGCGGCCGGCUUCACGCCCUCCUUAGACAGCGACUUCACGUUUACCCUUCCGGCCGGCCAAAAGGAGUGUUUCUACCAGCCCAUGCCCCUGAAGGCCUCUCUGGAGAUUGAGUACCAAGUUUUAGAUGGAGCAGGAUUAGAUAUUGACUUCCAUCUUGCCUCUCCAGAAGGAAGAACCUUAGUUUUUGAACAAAGAAAAUCAGAUGGAGUUCACACGGUAGAGACUGAAGAUGGUGACUACAUGUUCUGCUUUGAUAAUACAUUCAGCACUAUUUCUGAGAAGGUGAUUUUCUUUGAAUUAAUCCUGGAUAAUAUGGGAGAACAGGAGCAAGAACAAGAGGACUGGAAGAAAUAUAUUACUGGCACAGACAUGUUGGACAUGAAAUUGGAAGACAUCCUGGAAUCCAUCAACAGUAUCAAGGCCAGACUAAGCAAAAGUGGUCAUAUCCAGACUCUGCUUAGAGCAUUUGAAGCUCGUGAUCGAAACAUACAAGAAAGCAACUUCGAUAGAGUCAAUUUCUGGUCUAUGGUUAACUUAGUGGUAAUGGUGGUAGUGUCAGCCAUUCAAGUUUACAUGCUAAAGAGUCUAUUUGAAGAUAAGAGGAAAAGUAGAACUUAAAACUUUAAACUAGAGUACUUAAUACUGAAAAAAAAAAAAGGCGGCAGAGAAAUGCAAUACACUGUUAUAAUCAAGACCAUUAAUAGUCUUUUUAAAAAAUGUUUUCAGGCAUUACCACAAGUGUGAAACGAGUAUAAUUUUAAAGUGAAAGGAGUUUUCACUUUCAUCUGUCAAGUAAUCUUACUGCUUCACUUGUACUUAAGUGUAUAGCAGAAAUAUUUCAGAAUGUAGGUAUAAUUGAAUGAAGCCAUAUUAAUCAGCAUUUUCCUGAGUUUGAAAAAAAUUUGCAAAUGUCAUAGGUGAUUUAAAUAAAUGAACUUUUGGGCUAAAUGCAACACCAAACAUUGUUUUUAAAAGACUGUCUUAUCUAGAAGUUUCUUUGUACAUGUGGCAAUUACAAAUUAGAAGUUUUCAGUAUAUUGAAGUUUCUUUGUAAAUGUAGCAAUUGUAAAUUAAAUGUAUAAUUUUUCAGUAUAUUAAAUUAUAAAUCAUCUGAGAAUUACCUAAUCAUGGAUUGGAUAUAUCUUUAGAAAACAAAAACUCAACUUUUCUUUUUAUAUAUGUAUCUCUCCUAUAAUGUAAACAGAAGCAUAGCUGUGAAAAACAGAUUUGUGAGAUUUUUUUAUAACCAAAUAUAUUUGAAUUUAAAUAUUAGCAAAAGUAUUAUAUACUUAGCUUAUAUUCCCCAAGGCCAACAUCUUGAUAAUUCUUAAAAAUGCUCAGUCAUUAUGAAAAUUGGAACAAAUUUUCUCUUUGAAAUGAAGUAGCUAAAGGCUGCUCAGUCUCCAUAAGGACACAUUUUGUCUAGUCCUUAACUAAGAUCUAGAAUUUUGAAACUAAAUGUGAGGGAAGAUAAUUUUAUUUUUAUAUUAUCAACAGUGUUAUGUUAGUUUUAACAUGACUACUGACUUGGAUAAUACAUUAUUAUCAACAGUUGUGAAGGAAAUAUUGCUUGAAAAUCUAGGCCUUAAAUAAAUAUCUCCUUUUCUAAGUUCUCAAAAUCAACAACAAUCAAGAAGAAUUUAGGUAAGCUUGAGAACAUCUGAUCAAAAUUAAGUUCACUUUAUUCAAACCAUUUCAGAUCAUAAAUUAUUCAAUAUUUGUUUUUCUAAUAAAUCCUUACAUAUUUUUUUUAAUUCACUAAAAUAAACUCUAAGUAUCUGGAAUCUGAUUGAUUAAUCAUAAAGACCCAAUCCUAGUAUCAAUCAUGAGACUAAAUCCCAGAUAACUGAAGAAACUAUACUUGGCUAGGGUUUUAUUUUUCUACAGUUGUUUUAUUCUGUUUUGAAUUGUCUUUUAUAAGUAUUCAGGUACAUUUUAUGAAACAAACCCUACUGUAAGGUUUAGCACUGGGUACAUACAAUUGUUAUAACUUUCAUUAAAUGAACUUUCUGAUCACUUUAUUUAUUGGCAUUCAAGUAAGGAUUUGAAAGCCCACAGAAUCCCAAAUUUAAAGUCAGUAUGUGAAUAACUAUGUAAAUCUCUGCCAUCCUUGCUUAUUGCAAUCUGUGGAGCUUUACUCAAAUACUAGUAAUUUAGCUACAUCAUGAAUUAAAUAGAAUUUUUAGGUUAUACCCAUUUGUAAUAUUGAGACAAAUAGGCGUUAGAAACAAUCAACUUAAAAAUUUGAGUAUAGAACCUCUCUGUACAUUACUACUGCUGGAAUUCUUAAUAAGCAGUGAUCUUCAGAGACUGGUUUUGGUUGUUAAUUUACAGUCAGAAUGGUACAAAAGAGAUUUAUUGCCCUCCUUUUUACACCCUUGGGAGGAUGAAAAGGUUAGCUAUAUCUCUGCUAUGAAGCUUUUUAAAAAUGAGGUAAAUGCCAUAUACAAUUGAUUACCUUAACUGGCCAAGAAAAUGUUUUAAGUGUCCAGGAGUAGUGCCUACAAUACAUGCAAAACAAGGGCCAACAAUCACUUAUGAAGAGACCUCCUUGUACCCCUUCUGUUAAACUUAUAAUGAGAAGCAACCUUACCAUACUAUAAUAAAACAGUACAGAUAGAAACUACUGCAUCUCUUCUAUAAAACUGUGAUUAAGAAUUCUACCUCUGGCUGGUUACUGUACUGUACUGAUUCCUUGUCUAACAAUGCAUUUGUUAAAUUAUCUACGAUGAUUUGUGCCACUGAUUUAAACCUAUGAUUCAGUGUAGCUUUGCGCAGUGGCAGUAUCGUAGCCAAUGAGGUUUAUCCGAGGCGCGAUUAUUGCUAAUUAAACCUAUGAUUCAGUGUAAUGUCUUAUCUUAUAAUGGCCUUAUCUGGAAACAAAGAACUUAGGAAUAUUGAGGACAAUUUUAUUUUUAUAGGCACAAAAUGAAGAGUGGGUUUAAGAAGGAUGUUACUUGUAUUAACCAAAAAAAUAUAAUUAGCAAAGAAUUAAAUAUUUCUAAAGGCAUAUAGCUUAUCUGCUUUAUGGUUUUUUAAAUGUCAAUAUUGAGUUUUGAAAUUAAAAUUAAGCAACUUACCACUUAAUGUCUGAGUUUGUCUUCAGUUUUUAGUUAAACUCUUAAAAAUACAAUAUUUAAGGCCUAGAGUUUAUUCUUAUUUGCAUUUGGGUCAUUAAUGGUGUGUCAUUCUUUCAUGUGAAUGUCAAGGUUAGAAGGUAAGUGAAUGUCAAGGUAUAGAAGGUAAUUAAGUGGUUGAAGUAGCAUGGAAAUAAAUUAUAAAUUGAAAUGUAAUUUUAUGUUAAGUAUGUUUACUCUUCUUCAGUAUUGUUAUUAUGUCUUAAAAUUAACAAAAAUUGAGUACCUACAAUUGUAAGCCUCCCCAAAUAAUUCUUUAAACUUUUAAAAGAUUCAGCAUGUAAUAACUUCAUCUUCAUGCACAAUCAAUGUUUAUAAAAUUGAUUUAUAGUUGUGAAUAGCCAUAUUAAAUGAGCAGUGAAUACCGUUCUGAAUUAAUAAAAAUUACAAAGAAAAUCUUA